CGCCUGUGGUGGCUCAUGACAUUAUCUGGCAACCGGAGUGGCAGCGGACAGGAGACGAGAGGGGAUCCCGGGAUUUGUACGCUAAAGCAAUUUACUGUCGUCGAGCUACUAAAGAUCGAGGGUAACUCGGGCAAGCUCCUCCUAAACUCUCUAAAGUGAGAGAAGCCAUGUCGGAGGAGGCCGUGCGUCAGACUCGCAGCCAGAAGCGGGCUCUGGAGAGGGACCAUGCAUCUGUUGGUGACUCCCUGGGAGACAUGGACAGCAAACGGGUGAAGCUGGAGAAAAGUGACCCAGCCGUGACCCCUUUAGCCCUUGUGGGAUCUGGAGCUGAAGAUGUCAGGGUAAAGAACGAGCAUAGUGCUAAGAUAGCAGCCAGUAUCCUUAAGACGGGGGAAGUAAAGGCAACCAUUAAGGUGGAGGUGCAAACUGGAGAUGAACCUGUUGACAUGAGCACAUCGAAAAGUGACAUCAAGACAGAGCAAGAACCACCUUCUCCAGAUGAUGUGAUUGUUCUGUCCGAUAAUGAGCCCGCCAGUCCAAUCAUGAACGGCCAUUGCUUCACAAAAACAGACACGGAGAAACUGAAGAAGAGUUCACCUGAAGAAAGGGAAAUGAUCAUCAAACAACUUCAGGAAGAACUGAGACUUCAAGAGGCCAAAUUAGUGCUUCUGAAGAAACUCCGGCAGAGCCAGAUCCAGAAAGAGAGUACUGUACAGAAGGCAAGUGGCUCAGUGGCCACUCCUCCACCUCUUGUUAGAGGAACCAUGACAUCAAGUAAAGGCCCCCUUCAGGUGACAGGGCGUGGCUCGGGCACAGUGAUCCCUCCUCCUUUGGUACGGGGAGGCCAGCAUGUCCAUUCAAAGCACAGCUCUCAGAUUGUCAUGCCCCCGCUGGUAAGAGGAGCCCAGCCAAUCGCAGUGACUCCCCAGCAGAUGGCUAGUUUACGCCAGCAGCAGCAGCAGCACAGUGGAUCAGGCCCUCCCCCCCUCCUGCUGGCCCCCAGGGCAUCUGUCCCCAACGUCCAGGUCCAGGGCCAGAGGAUCAUUCAGCAGGGUCUGAUCCGAGUGGCUAAUGUCUCCAACAGCAAUGUCAUGGUCAACAUCUCUCAGGCUUCUCAAAGUGGUCUGAAAGGCUCCUCAGCAUCACCAAACUCAAGUAUCAACGAUUCUCCAGCGAGCAGACAGGCUGCUGCUAAAUUAGCACUGCGUAAACAGCUGGAGAAAACGCUGCUGGAGAUUCCUCCACCCAAACCUCCGGCUCCUGAAUUCAACUUCUUGCCUUCAGCUGCUAAUAAUGAGUUUAUCUACUUGUUGGGUUUGGAGGAAGUGGUGCAAAAACUUUUGGAAAUGCAUGGAAGGGGCAAUCUAGGACCAGCUACUGCAAUGGCCAACUCCAUUUCCAAAGAGCCACAUACCUGUGCCCAGUGCAAGACAGACUUUACCUCCCGCUGGAGAAAGGAGAAAGCUGGGACCAUCCUCUGUGAUCAGUGCAUGUCGUCCAAUCAGAAGAAGGUCCUGAAGGCUGAACACACCAGUCGGCUUAAAUCUGCCUUUGUUAAGGCCCUCCAACAGGAGCAAGAAAUUGAGCAGCGCAUCCUUCAGCAAACAGCCUCCUCUUCCUCCUCUGCCUCCCCCGCCUCUAAAACCACCUCAUCCUCUCCCUCAUUGUCAAAGAACGAGAUGCUUCUUUCCCAGGGAUUCAAGCAGGUCCGACCUGCUAUGCAGCACAGAUCUGUGGGUGCUCACCAUUCUAUGAAGCAGAGUCAGCUGUCUCACAGCAUCCAAUCUGCUGUGAGCUCUCGUGGAGUGGCUCACUCCUAUACCUCUUCCCAACUCCAAAAUGCGGUGGCGGCGGCGGCAGCACUGGGCAGCAGGUCAGAUAAGCACGUCUCUGGCCGCUCCCUUCAGCAGGGAGCAAAGGGCAGCAGUGGCAGCAGUGGCAGCCAAGGCAAUGUGGUGGCUUGGAGGAAGCAGAGUGGUGGAAACACUGGUGUGACCAUGGCCUACGUGAACCCCAGCUUGUCCGCUCAUAAAACCUCCUCUGCGGUUGAACGUCAGCGGGAAUAUCUGCUGGACAUGAUUCCGUCGCGUUCCAUCUCCCAAGCUGCAAACACGUGGAAAUAAUGCAAUCCCACUCCCAAAGGACACCAUAACUGUUCGCCCUCUUGAUACCACGAAGAGCCAUUCUCACCAUUCUAAAGUUUUCUAUGGACUCUGUCUUUGGCUGAAAUGGCCACUGGGUAGUAUUCAACGUUUUCCCUGCUUGGAUGGAGAUGCUCUUGCCUUUGCUUCUUUUGCUACCUUCUUCCUGUUUUGGAUUCUUUCCAAAAUGGAAUUUGCUGUAACAGCUUCUGGGAUAUAAAGACUAAAGAAAAAAGUUAAAAAGAUUUUGGGUACCCUUUGGGGGGGGCUGGGGUUGACACCAGUGGGUACAGUUACACUUAAGACUCCAGUGAGUUAGCCUCUCUUUCCCCAUCUGCUUUUUCAGCCUCCUGUCGUUGCACCUGGAGGAAGUUGCCACAGAAAUCUGUGAUCUCCUUUGCCUCUGCCCUUAGGCUGGACCAAGUCUUUGGCUUCUGUGUGCAAGAUAUUGGCCUUACAUACGUCCCUCCUCGGCCAAAGGCAGUAAGACUCAGGCCAUUUGGUGACCUAAUUACCGUCAUCUGUGGGCCUCAUGGCAGAGACUGUUGAACUUUGAGGACCGUCUAUAAAUGAAUCGCUUCAGCUUUGCAAAAAGGACCAGGAAAAAGGAAAUAAGAACCUGCGUGUGCACACAAGACUGCCUCGUCCCUCCAGCUUCGUGCGUAUUGGAGAGAAGUUGGUGUGUGUUUGAUAAUUUAGUAUGAUUGAAUGUUUGGAUGUGCUCUUUCAUCUGUGAGUCCUAUACUGUGUUUGAAAUGUUGUGCUCGUGACACUUUGGAAGAGGCCUCUCUUUGAGGUCUGACUUUACAGGCUAAUGUUACUGUUAAGGUGGUUUUACAUCUGCUGGGUUCCAUGUGGUGGCCUAUUUUAUUUCCUUUAUUUUAUCCCUUUGUUUGCUAAGAUGAAGAAAAAAGUCAAAGGUUUCACUGACUUUGAGUGAGAGCACAAAGCACCCGUGUGGAGGCCUGCUCUGACGACCGGUUCGCCCAACAGUAGCUAGGAUAGGCUCCAGCAGCCCAGUAAACCCCCAAAGGGAUUGAGUUGGUUUUGAAGAUGGGUGGGAUGGAUAAUUGUAAAACGAACCUUCCAAAGAAACGUUGAAGCCUAAGCAGAAAUCCCUUCUGCUUUUGCUGAACCCCCUGGAACAUGAACUAAUGCUAAACUGAGUGGGGGUGAGGAAUGUCCCAUUUCCUGACUUUACUUUGCCUCAUAUCAUAGGUUGUGGUGCUUCUUUUUUCUUUUAUAAACAGAUGUUUAUUUAAAGGGUAAGUAGAGAUGUAUGCUUAUGAAUGGAUGUUCACUUUAAAGUUUGUGUCUCCUGCAUCAUGUGGCUCCAGUUGACUCAAGAGAAUCUGGGCAGGAUUCGUCGUUGUUAUGGAAACGUCAGACAACAGAAACCCAGAAACGGCACAAUCAUCCUUAUCAGGAAGAUUUCUAUGGUUUCCAUCUGGCUGUUCAGUCGAGUCAUUGUACAUCUGAGUUGUCUUGCAGUGGUGCAGGAAAAGCUGCAGGACUUCUCAUAGAUAUGAUGGGUUAUGGAAGUCAGUUUCUGAAUUAACUCUCAGUCGAUUUAAAAUGCAAUGCAAAAGUUAGGGCUGACUUCACUUCAUGGGAUUGUGGUAUUUUAAAGAUUUCUUUUUGAAAAAGACCAAACCCGACAAACGGCCUUAGACGGCUUUUGUCCAGCCUGCAGACGUCUGUCAUGUGUCCCUGCAGGAUGCUGGAUUUGGACAGGCUUCAACUGGAUAUUGUUGAAAAGACCCAGAUAUUUUCAAUUUGAAAUCUCUGUGAUGAAUAAGAAAUAUUUCACAUUCCCAACGGGCAAUAGAUAAGGAACCUACAUGUUUAAGAAAGAAACAAGAGGGGGUUUAGAUGAGCUCUUUUUGUGCCCUGCUAAAUGUAACUGUGAUGUCCUGACUACUCUGUUGCUGCUGUCUGCCAGCAAUAUUACCAUUCCAUUCAUUUGCUGCCAUCCAUUCAGUGCAGCCCUGACACAAAACAGUGUGACAAAUAAUUCUUUGGGGGAUUUUUUUCUUUAUCAAAAUAAUAAAACUAAUUUUAACAUGUCUUCAA